AGACAUUGCCUCCAAGUUCAAGUUCAAGUCCAAGUCAGGUCUCUCGGGCCUAGGAUAAUAAAAUCAGAUUAACGAAAAACAUUGCGACGAUUCUCUUCUAGCACUCUUGUUGCUCUUCACUUUCUGGUUUACUUCGGUUCUGUUUCCUCUCGCUUUUGGGUGUUUCAGUAUGUCUGGAGAAGAGGAAGAAAACGCAGCUGAGCUCAAAAUUGGAGACGAGUUUUUGAAGGCCAAGUGUUUAAUGAAUUGUGAAGUGGCCUUAAUUCUUGAGCAUAAGUAUGAGCAGCUUCAGCAGAUGUCUGAUGAUCCUACGAACCAAAUCUCUCAGGUGUUUGAAAAGUCACUGCAGUAUGUGAAGCGUUUCAGCCGAUACAAAAAUCCUGAUGCUGUGAGACAAGUUCGAGAAAUCCUUAGCAGAUAUCAGUUGGCUGAAUUCGAGCUUUGUGUUCUUGGCAACCUUUGCCCUGAAACAGUGGAAGAAGCUAUUGCUAUGGUACCUUCUAUCAAGACCAAAGGACGGGGUCAUGACGACGAGGCAAUUGAGAAAAUGUUGAAUGACCUCUCACUGGUCAAGAAAUUUGAAUAGUCGAUGAUCCAUUUCUACUGGAUCGAUCUUCAAAAGCACACUCAGAUCAAAUGGGUUUAUUGUGGUGUUCCUGUGAUGUCAACUUAAAACGUCAUCAUACCAAAUGUUUCAGACAUUAAUCUGCUGUAAUUUCUUUUAAAUAUAGGCUGCUGUAAUAUAUGCUGCGAUAGGUAUGCAUCGCAUCAUACCAAAAGGGCUCGGCUGUAAUGUCGCAAUCAUUUGAAAUAGCUAGCUGCGUUAAUCCAACUUGCACAAGGGCUCAUCUGUUGGACUUUUCUUCAUCAUGCGGAGUUGAACAACUCUGCAAAUAAAUAGUUCAAGCGUUCUCAA